AUGCAGCCGCACUUUGAAAACACCGUUGCAUCACAUCGUGGUAAUGCACCGUGGAAUUUUGACGACACGACGACAAGGACAGAACUACAGCCUGCCAUUGUUUCUGCGAGCGUCGGACGGCAGCACGACGAUGGUAUGGUGGCUACUGAUGGUUGUGGCCUGGAGUCCUCCUGUGGAGUUAAUACGGCGGAAAAUCAAGCCGAUGGAAAUGACGACGACGACGACGACAAGGCCCGUGACUAUCGCCACGAUGGACGAUGGAAAGAGUGA